AUGUAUUCGAAUCACCUAUAUCAUCAAUAUUUCCAAGAUUUCAAGAGUGUGGGAGAAAUAGAAAUAAAAAUGUGCUGCUCAUCUCAAAGAUGCAUAAAUUCGAAAACCCGUAAGACUGAGCCUUGUGGUGAAGAACUCAGGGAAACAAUUGUGGAAAUUAAGCAGAGCAGAGAUCAGGGCCAGCUUGGCGGAGGGUUACAUAUUUGUGUUGAAUUUGAAGUUUGCAUCCCGCUGCUGAGUCUUAAUCAUGCAGCUAAGGCCUUAGUAUAUGCAGCGGAAUCUGGGCCUGGCAAGGAAGAUUUUGGCAGGCUGUUCACUGUGGAACUGAGUUCCUUCCUGGCAGCCGGCUGCAGCGAUCUAUGGGCCAUUGACGCUGAGGAGGAUGCCUCCCAGCUCAUCUUUCCCAAAGAGUUUGAAACAACUGAAACACUUCUAAAUUCCGAAGUUCACCUGCUCCUGGAGCAUCGAAAGCAACAGAAUGAGAGUGCAGAGGAUGAGCAGGAACUUUCCAAGGUCUUUAUAAAGACACUCAACUCUACAGCCCACUUCAGUCCUUUCAAAAACAGAGACACCAUUGCCAGUGUCUGUAGCUUGUUGCUCCAGAAAAAGCUUCAUAAGGUUGAGUUAGCACGUUUGGCCAACCUUUGGCCAGAGGCUGCUGAGGAGUCCAAGGCUCGGAUCCCAAGCUUGGAGGGGCGGUUUGAAGAUGAGGAGCUAUGGCAGAUUCUUAAUAAUAUUCAGACUAAGUGCAGCUCCCAGUAUUAA